GUAUCUUCUUUAGUUUGAAAGUAUUGAGGAGGCCGAGUUGUUUCUACAUGACCGCUUUGAAUAAUAAAAAAUUAGAAGAAGCUUUGGUGUUAAACGAUGAAAUAAAAGCUUUAAAAAAUAUACUAAAUCAAAAAAUACACUCCAAUUUAGAUGAAGCAGAGCUAGAAAAACUGACGAAAAAGUUAGAAAUUCUAAACUCACAAUUUAUUAAACUUGACAUACCAGAAAAGGUUUUGCUUGCAGAAAAAUGUAGGCAAGCUAACAGUAAGAGAGCUGAAGAAAAGUUUAGAAGAGCAGAACAAACGAGGCUUAACGCUAAGAAAAACACUGAAAAGAAUCAAAGGAAGGCUGCAUCCUACGUUCCUUUUGAAAACAAAACCGUUAAAGGAGAAAAGAAAGACGUUAUUAAUGAACCCAUGCUUCCCAGUUAUAAUCCGGCCGCUGUUGAGUCUUCUUGGUAUGAUUGGUGGGAAAAGAAGCGUUUUUUUAAGCCUGAAGGAAAAGACGGUAUUGUGCAUGAAAACCCAAAAGGAAAGUUUAUUAUGGUCAUUCCGCCUCCCAACGUGACUGGCUCUCUCCACCUCGGCCAUGCCUUAACCAUAGCCAUACAGGAUACUCUUGCGAGAUGGAAUAGAAUGUUGGGGAAAACUGUUCUUUGGAAUCCGGGCUGUGAUCAUGCCGGAAUCGCUACACAAGUAGUAGUUGAGAAAAAGUUAUGGAAAGAACAAAAGUUAACACGCCAUCAACUCGGAAGGGAAAACUUUGUGCAGAAAAUUUGGGAGUGGAAGCAAAUUUUUGGGGAGAGAAUUUAUAAUCAGAUUAGAGGUUUAGGCGCUUCCGUGGAUUGGGACCGCGCGUGCUUCACAAUGGAUGAGAAAAUGAGGAACGCCGUGACUGCUGCGUUUAUUGCGUUUUAUGAAAAGGGGCUUAUUAAACGAGCCAAUCGCAUGGUGAAUUGGUCGCCCGCCUUGCUCUCUGCAAUAUCCGACCUCGAGGUCGACUAUCUCGAGCUCCCUGGGCGGACGCUGCUGCCACUAGCCUCACAUGGCGGCAGGUCGUAUGAGUUCGGCGUAAUGGUUCAGUUUGCUUAUAAAGUUGAGGAUUCUGAGGAGGAAAUUAUUGUGGCAACGACCCGCCCUGAAACUUUACUGGGAGACGUCUGUGUGGCUGUCCAUCCCGAUGAUGCCCGCUGGAAGCACCUCCAUGGGAAGUUUGUGGUGCAUCCUUUCCUCAACAAACGUCUGCCUAUCCUUACCGACGAGUGUGUGGAGAUCUCUCUUGGGACUGGUGCGUUAAAAAUCACUCCUGGCCACGAUAAAAAGGACUUUGAUUUUGGUGUCCGCCACCAGUUGCCUAUCAUCAAUAUUUUUAACGACGACGGGACGAUGAAUGGGACUUGCUCCCGCUUCGAAGGCUUAAAGAGGUACGAUGCACGUAUUGCUGUUAUUGAGGCUUUGAAGGAAGCCGGUCUUUAUCGAGGCGCUCAAUCCCAUGCCAUGGCCAUUCCUAUUUGCAGCCGGAGUAAGGACGUUGUGGAGGACAUGGUCCGGCCUCAGUGGUUCUUGAACUGCGGCGAUAUGGCCAAGCGCGCUCUCGCGGCUGUGGAGAGCGGCUCUUUGAAGAUCAUUCCGUCGAGCCAUAAUAUCACGUGGAAGCGCUGGUUGGAGAACUCACGUGAUUGGUGCGUUUCUAGACAGCUUUGGUGGGGCCACCGUAUACCCGCCUAUAAGAUUAUUGUUGACGGUCAGGAGCCAAUACUCGACAACGACGAUUGUUGGGUUGUUUGUGAAAGUGAACAGGAGGCUUUAACUCGCGCUUCUCAACGGCUUAACAUUAACGUAAACCGCAUUACUGUCGAGCAAGACCCGGACGUGCUAGACACGUGGUUUUCUUCCGGUUUAUUUCCUUUGUCCGUCUUUGGUUGGCCCGAAAAAACUGACGAUUUUAUGAGAUUCUUUCCCGGUACCUUUCUAGAAACUGGACAUGACAUUUUAUUUUUUUGGGUGGCCAGAAUGGUCAUGAUGUCCCUUUCGUUAACCAAUCAGCUCCCCUUUAGCACUGUUUAUCUUCAUGCGUUGGUACGAGAUGCACAUGGAAGGAAAAUGAGCAAAAGUUUGGGGAACGUCAUUGAUCCUGUCGAUGUGAUUCGUGGAAUUUCCUUGUCAGAGCUGCAUAAAACUUUGGAAAACGGCAACCUGGACGAAAAAGAAAUUGCAAAGGCGCAAGCAGGCCAGACGAUGGACUUUCCCAACGGCAUUCCGGAGUGCGGGACGGAUGCCCUUCGAUACACUCUUGUUUCCUACACAAUUGGAGGAAAAGACGUAAAUCUCGAUAUCAAUCGCAUUGUGGCCCAUCGCCACUUUUGCAAUAAGAUAUGGAACGCCAAUAAACUUUAUUAUUUUUACUGUUCCGGCUACCAGCCCGCGUCGGAAACUCCUUCUCCCAGCGAAGAGUUUUCCUGCAUGGACAGGUGGAUUCUCUCCCGCCUUUACAAAGCGUGCGAGGUAAUUGACGUAUCGUUCAACUCCUUUUUAUUCACACAGAUGACCGACGCGCUUUAUAAAUUCUGGAAAGAAGAACUUUGCGAUGUUUAUUUGGAAUCGUCCAAGCCUGUCUUACAGGGGCCUGACGGGCCUCAAAAGAUAAAUGCUAUGGAAACUCUUUAUACGUGUAUCGAGACGGGAUUGAGACUUCUACAUCCAAUCAUGCCGUUCAUCACCGAAGAAUUGUGGCAGCGCUUACCCAAGCGGUCAUCACUUGCGCAUGAGAGCAUUUGCAUCGCUGAUUAUCCUAAAAAUGUUUUAUAUAGAAAUGUAGUAUUAGAAGAGCAACAGGUGUUGGCCUUUGAAGUGGCUCACUGCAUACGCGCAUUGCGAUCUUCAUAUCUUGAGCCUAAAGCGAGACCGAAAGUGACGGUCAUCGUUAAGAACACCAAAAUAAAUGAAGCUCUUCAUUUAUUUCAUAAUAUGGUGGAGUGUCUCUGCGAGUUAAGCGAACUUGUCAUCACCUACAAACCUGAAGUUGAUAGGCGUGGUCACGUGAUUGGCCACGUGGCCGAUAUGGCGGAAGUUCUUUUACUUAUUAAGGGGUUGGUUGACUCAAAAAAGGAAAUAACUAAACUGGAGAAAAAAAAGGCGUCCAUUAUAGCAACAACCGAAAGACUAGAGAGGCGCCUCAACUCUCCCGUGGUAGCAAAAAUUCCAGAAAGCAUACUCGUGCAAGAAAGAGCUCGUCUGGUCUUGUACAAAAACGAACUUGCCCAAAUCGAAGACUCUCUUGCAUUUUAUGGCAAUAUAUAACGUCGGAAUUAAUUAUUAUUACGGUUGUAUAGUUAAAUAAUGAAAGCGCUUUAGAUUUUAUUAAGCUUUACUAAGAAACAAUAAA